CCUCGCACCUGUGCCGCCGCUCAGUCCACUGCCGCCCGCGCCGGUGAGAGCGUCCCACGGGUGUCACGCGCGGUGUGGGUGCAGCCAUGGGUGCUAGUGGUCGGCCCAACGGCGCAGUGGCGGAGGGCGAGGCCAUGGAUUUCGAAACCCAGUACCGGGAGCUGUGCGUGGCGCUCUCCAAGCAGGGCCAGGUGACGAACCUGACCAAGGAGUUCAACUCGAUGACCUCGGACGAGUCGCGGGUGCGCUUUCUGCUGACGCUGGACUGCGUGCGCGCGCCAUCUCGUGAGCGCGCCUCGCGGCUCAAGUGUCCGGCGGAGAGCGGCCGACUGAGGUCGGCCGGGAACGCCGCCUACGGCCGGCGGGGCCAGGAGCGCGCCGCCCUGCAGCUGUACACGCAGGCCGUGCUGGCGGCGCCGGAGGGGGACGAGGCGCUGCCGCUGGCUCUGGCCAACCGGUCGGCCGUGCUGCUCAGCCUGGGACACCUGGGGCCGUGUCUGGCCGAUAUGAGCCGGGCGCUGCGGCACGGCUACCCGCAGCGGCUGCACAGCAAGCUGGAGCAGCGGCUGGAGAAGCUGCGGGAGCUGGCGCUGCGGGAGCCCUCCGCGGAGCUGCCGGAGACGCCGACCCUCAGCCCGGACCUCACCGACGAACAGGAGGAAACACUGGUCUCCGGGGAGGUUCUGAUGGUUGAGCAGCCGUACUGUGCCGUGGUGCUUCCGGAAGAAAGUGAACAGCACUGCCACCACUGCUGCCGCUGGUCACCGGCGCCUAUUGGCUGUCUGCACUGCGUAGAGGUGCGGUUCUGCAGCCGGCGAUGCCGAGCCGCCGCCUGGGAGCAGUACCACUCGGUCGAGUGCCCGAUCUACGGCCACCUGGUGGCUCUGGACGCUGGUCAGAUGGCGCUGCUGGCGGUCCGCUCGGUGGUGGUGGCCGGCUGGCAGCGGCUGGUGGCCAGUCAGGCGCAGAGCCGCGCCCCACUGCCCCCAGAGUACCGCUCUGACGACUACCGGCGCGUCCGUGAUCUGGAGGGGAACGUGUCCGCGCGCCCGGCGGCCGACCUCUUCAAACGCGCCCUGAUGGCCGUCCUCCUGGGCCGGCUGCUGACCGGCAGCAGUCUGGUGCCGGCAGAGAUGAGCACCAACGCUGGCACCAGCACCACUAGCAACGGCACCAUGAACGGCGAUAGCAACGGCACCAGUAUCAUCACCAGUAACGACAUCAGCACCAUCUCGGGCGCGGCCAAGCAGGCUCUGGUGACGGUCAGCGCGGAGCUACUGCGCCACCUGCAGACGUACCCGUGUAACGCGCACGAGGUGUCGGAACAGGUGCUGCCCGGCGGCGGGCUGGCCGGAGCCACCACUCGGCAGACGGGUGCAGCCGUGCUGCCGGCGCACAGCCUCACCAACCACUCGUGCGACCCCAACGUGUUCCGCGGCUACCACGGCACGACUGCAGUGCUGCGCGCGCUGCGUCCUCUAGCCAGCGGAGAGGAGCUGUGCGACAAUUACGGCUACCACUACGCCCUAAUGCCGCGCGAGGAGCGCCGCAGGGGCCUCGCCCGCCAGUACUACUUCGUCUGCCAGUGUACGGCGUGUGUGGCCGACCUGCCCACGUACCCCGACAUCCCCAGCGGGCCGCCGCGGCCCGUCUGCCGCACGUGCGGCGGAGAGGUCGCCACGUGUGGUCACGUGGCGGACGUGGCGGCGUACACGGCUGACGUGGCACGUGCGGCGGGUCAGCUGGAGGAGGCGGUGGCCGAGGUUCUGCACGGCGAGGCCAGUGCAGAGGUCAGGGGCCGGGUCGGUCGGCUGGUGACCCUCCUGGACAAACGCGUGGCGCUGCCCUGGAGAGGCCUGAAUGAUGCGCAGGAGGUGUUCAAGAUGUGCUAUCUGGUCGAUGGCGAUGUGAGUCCUGGUGCUGAGGGCACUGAUUGCUAAACGCAGAGUCAUAGUUGUGAUAUGUUACCCAAGUUGUGUUGUUGACGUUUGCUAGGCGCUUCGUUAGAGCUAAACAUACGGAUGCUGCAUUAGUCAGUUUGUGAUGACUGAUGAAUAUGGCUGUCUUUCUAACCCUUGUUGUAAUUAUUACCGUUAUUAGGUUCAUUACCUACCUACGUGUUAUCAUGAUGUGAAAUAUAUCUUCACUGAAC